UGCAAGGACCCGGCUCCUCCUCCGCCACCUCCCGCGACCGCGCUCCGCAGCGAUGGACGGGGACGGGGACCCAGAGAGCGUGGGCCAGCCGGAGGAGGAGGAGGAGGCGAGCCCAGAGGAGGCCUGCACCGAGGGAGAGCGGCCCGGGGAGGACCAGGAGGAGCCGGAGGAGGCCGCGUACCUGGCGGAGCUGCCGGAGGCGCUGCUCCUGCGCGUGCUGGCCCAGCUGCCCGCCGCUGAGCUGGUGCAGGCCUGCCGCCUAGUGUGCCUGCGCUGGAAGGAGCUGGUGGACGGCGCCCCCCUGUGGCUGCUCAAGUGCCAGCAGGAAGGGCUGGUGCCCGAGGGCGGCGGCGAAGAGGAAGAGCGCGACCACUGGCAGCAGUUCUACUUCCUCAGCAAGCGGAGGCGCAACCUGCUGCGCAACCCGUGCGGGGAAGAGGACCUGGAGGGCUGGUGCGACGUGGAGCACGGUGGGGACGGCUGGAGGGUGGAGGAGCUGCCGGGAGACAGCGGGGUGGAAUUCCCGCAGGAUGACAGCGUCAGGAAGUACUUCGCCUCCUCCUUCGAGUGGUGUCGCAAGGCGCAGGUCAUUGACCUGCAGGCCGAGGGCUACUGGGAGGAGCUGCUGGACACCACCCAGCCGGCCAUCGUGGCGAAGGACUGGUACUCGGGCCGCUCCGACGCCGGCUGUCUGUAUGAGCUCAGCGUGAAGCUGCUGUCCGAGCACGAGGAUGUGCUGGCUGAGUUCAACACCGGGCAGGUGCCAGUGUCCCCGGACAGCGAGGAAGGCGGCUGGACUGAAAUCUCCCACACCUUCACCGACUACGGGCCAGGCGUGCGCUUCGUUCGGUUCGAGCACGGCGGGCAGGACGCCGUCUACUGGAAGGGCUGGUUCGGGGCCCGAGUGACCAACAGUGGCGUGUGGGUGGAGCCCUGAGCGGCCCGUCCUCCCCUCCCCGGCCGCAGUGGACAGGCCUUAGCAUAGUUGGUAGCACCCUCGCCUUGCCCGCCCAUGCCUCGCCUGCGUCCUGCGCGCGUGGGCACCGCUUGUAGAAUGCCCGCUCGAGGGCCCGGGUUGUGCCGACCCCGCCCCUUCCUAGGCAGGGCCUGCCACCCAGCGGGCGCGCAAUAAAUGUUACUUAUCCAGGGACAGAA